AUGGGUUUCGAAGAACAGGAAGGUGUGUAUGACACGAGGAUUGAAGCUGAAGAAACUGUAGCUGAAUGUGAAGGCAAGGCAGAUCCGAUUUUUCAUGAAUUGAACGGGGUGGAAGGUCUCCAAGUAGAAGAUAUCCUUCAAAUGGAGUUUUGUACUCCCGAAGAAGCACGGUGUUUUUAUAACAGCUAUAGCCGAUUGAAGGGAUUUGCCACGAGGCAGGGGAAAAAGGUACCGAACAAGGUAGGAGAGAUUGUUAGGUAUACGUUCGUGUGCAACAGGCAAGGGUUUCGUGAUAAAAAAUGGUUGGAGAUGGCUGAUCGAAAGAGGGAACACAAGGUAGUGACUCACUGUGGCUGCUUAGCUGAGAUGAGAAUUAAGCGAAAAGAUGGCAGUGGGAAGUGGUAUGUGUCACGGUUUUUGGACAACCAUAACCAUGAGCUCGUAGCUGGGAAGUAUGUUGACUAUUUGAGGUCGCAUAGGGGGCUAUCUGAUGUUGAAAUUGCUCAUCUGACUAGCUUGAGGGAGGUGGGUAUAAGCAUACCAAAAAUAUAUCAGUCAUUUGCCGCACAGGUUGGCGGUUUUAACCUCGUCAGGUUCACUAAGCAAGACAUGUAUAACGAGGUUAGAAAGCAAAGAAGCUUGCAGAAUGGGGAUGUUAAUGCAGCAGUUCGCUAUUUGGAAGGUGUAGCUCGUGUGGAUAACAGGAUGUACUGGAGGUAUACGCUAGGGCAGGACAACAAUAUGUGCGACCUGUUCUGGAGCGAUGGCCGUAGUCAGCUGGAUUAUGGAAUUUUCGGCGAUGUUCUUGCAUUUGAUGCCACAUAUGGUCGAAACAAGUACAAUCUCCUUGUGGUUGUGUUUUCAGGAGUGAACCACCACAAUCAAACCUGUAUUUUUGGGGCGGCAAUGGUAUCGUGCGAAACACAAGAGUCCUACAUUUGGGUAUUAGAAAAGUUUCUGGAAUGCAUGGAAGGAAAACCCCCAAAUGCGGUCAUCACGGAUGGAGAUCCAGCGAUGCGCAUAGCUAUUCACGAGGUCUUUCCCGAGGCCCACCACAGGUUAUGUGCAUGGCAUCUUCUCCGGAACGCCACGUCAAACAUAUGCGACCCACGCUUCACCCAUCUUUUUAGGCAAUGCAUGCUUGCUGACUUGGAGGUUCAUGAGUUUGAGGCACAUUGGGAUGCUAUGUUGGAUGAAUGUGGGGUAAGGGAAGUCGAUUGGGUUAAGGACCUCUACCGGCGAAAGCAUGCUUGGGCGACUGCGUACAUCAGAGGCCGCUUUUUUGCUGGUAUACGCACAACGUCUCGCUGCGAGUCACUUCACGCGAAGCUUGGUAGGUUUGUGGAGAGUAGGUAUGGCAUACUUGAAUUUGUGACAAACUUCCAAAGGUGCAUAGAUUUUUUGCAUGAUAAUGAGGAUGAGCUUGAUUUUCGUUCCUCGUACGGGACCCCAGUGUUACAAACUGAAUUUGUUGAGCUUGAGAAGUCGGGUUGGACAAAGUACACCCGUAAAAUGUUCUUCAGAUAUCGGGAAACUCUUAGGAGAUGUGUUCGAGUUAAGAUUUGCCACUGCGAUGUUAGUGAUAGCGGAGAAGUCUGUUUUGGUCGGGUAGCAUGUCUCAGCGAUGACGACUUCAAGGAUUACUCGAAGAAGAUACUCAGUGAUGCCCUCCGACUGGAGAUGAAGCACGGGCUAAGAACAGCGGAGGAAACCGUUGUUUCCGUGUCCGAUGUUGGCAUGAAGGACCCCAUUCAUGUGAGAACUAAGGGCACCCGUCGUUUAAGCCAGCCGUCGGCAACAAUGGGAAAGAAACAUCAUAAAUGCCGAGCAGAGCCAUCCGGAGGGCGAAGAUGCCGCCCCCCUAAGUCAGUUUUGAUGGACUCGGGAAAUCGUAUAGUCCCCCAAGCAGAUCAAUGCGCUUUGAUGUGGGUUCUGGCAACUAUGCAUGUGGUCCUUUUAAAUCCUUUUUACGGUUGA